AUUAGGGUUUUCACCCCUCCUAUUUAGUUUCUAUGAAACUUGCUAAACAGAUCUGUAAGAGCGACCAUGAGUAGAGGAAGUAGCUAUGGCGGAGGGCAAAGUUCCUUAGGCUACCUUUUUGGAUCCGGCGAGCAAACACCUCCACCUCCAACUCCACGGACUGCAAACCCACCGCCGUAUGGAAUUGACACGAUCACGACGAACACACCACCAUGUGGCGCUGAUACAAUCACAGAGAAGAAUCAAGACAGCCACCCUCCUUCUGAUGAGCGAAAGCCAAACAUUUCCAACAACUACCACAGAGCUCAAGGCCAAAACUCAGGGAACUUCAUCACGGAGCGUCCAUGGACACAGGUCAAAUCAGCUCCUGGAGGAGAUUCAUCUCUUGGGUACUUAUUUGGAGAUAAGUGAGUGAUGCUCACUCCCUUAACCGAAACAUAUAGUGGGUGUCUAUUUUGAUUUCUGUAAUAAACCACACUAUCCAAUAAGGGGAUCUAGCAACUUUAAGGGUUGGAUUCGAGAGUAAGGAGUGGACUAUUAUGUGGUGCUUCAGCUUGUUUUUACUAUGAUUUGGCUUUGUCCUGGGAAGCUCAACCAGUUCAAUCUAUGGUGGGUGUAAGAUCGCAUGAUUGUGCCUGAAUCUUGAUAUACAAACAGUUGUUUCCCUUUCUGGUA